CUUGCCAAGUGCCAACCAAAACAAGUCUAUACUCGAUCAAUAAUUUUGAUAAGAAAACAAAGGAAAAUGAAAUAAAACUGAUUAUUUUGUCUAAAGGGUCAACAAGAAAAACUUCAACAGUUCAAGAUGAGACCAAAUGAAGGUAAUGAAACUGGAUAUAAUCAUGAAGACCUUGUCGGUGAAAUUUGGAUGCUCAUUCAUGAAGGACGCAAAACCCACAAUGACAAGAUCAACAUGAAAGAUAAGAGCUUCAGUGAUGUUUUCAAAAAAUGUGAUAAGAAUCAAAAAGAUCUUUUGACUUCAUGGAAAUUAAGAGAGUUGAUAUUUUUGGAAGUUUGGCUGCAUCGAGGAGAAACAUUCAAUGCCAAUGAUGCAGUAUAUGGCAAUAAGGAUCAUUUAUUACUUGAACAAUGGCGGAUUGAAAUUAAAUCAGAAAGAAAUUCAAAUGGCGGACUACACUGUACCCACAAAAUGCUGCUGCAAGCUAUCAAGUCAAAGUUGUACUUUUCACAGCUUAGUGCUUGGCUUAGUUUAAGUCAAGGUAAAUUUCCAAGACACGUAUAUUUCAGGUUUUGUCAAAUGGAGGACAAAACACCUUUAAAAACAUUCAUACUGACACCAGAUUUCCAUCAAUUUCCUCAUGUUGCGCUCGACACAAAGACUCUUAAUGUCUCCGUUCAUUCUCUUCCACAUUCUGAUUCAACAUUAGACUGGCAGUGUUAUUCAUGGGUAUUUGGUCAUACACCUACAGAUCAAACUCCGAAAUCAUAUGAUAAAACUAAAUCGCUUCACGAUGAACGCUCGAGAGAUAGACGUUCUCAUGUUGCUAGAAGAUUGGAGUUUGGAAGUGUUGGCAAAGUAGAGAAAAAUGCAUCUGAUGGUUUCGUGGAAGGACAAAAAAGCUCAAAAAUUAAAGGGGAUAGUUUGCAUGAAAAGUGUUUGAAUGAAAAGACAUCAUUUUCAAAGAAUGCUUCUUUGAAACCAGAAUGUUGCGAUCGAGUAUAUAAAAGAUGGGAAAAUAUGCGCGAAAACAGAAACCACGAGAAUAAUAUUUUGCAUUACGACGCUGUGAAAUGCUCAAUUAUGCAAGAAGGAUGUCACGCAAGCUGCAAAAACUCAGAGCAAAACGUGAAAAGUGCUUAUUCAAACACGGAAACGAAAGCUUGUUUCAUGAAUGAGAAAUGCAAGGAAAAAGGACAUAAUCCAAGUUGUAGAACAAAAAUGAAUUUCACUUAUGAUGACGAGGAAGCGACGAGCAAAGAAUCUGAUUUCAGUUGUGGUUUUAUUGCAGAUGUGAAUAAUAGCAAUGGCAAUAGCACCGAAGAGAAAGCUUUAAAAAAUUUAAAGAAUAACAACGAUUAUGAAUGCGUUGUACAACGAAAGUUGAAACGCGAAAUGACAGGAUCGGUAGCCGGGCAACGAUUACAUGGAAGAAAUUACAAAAGCUUCGUUUCCGACGAGGGAAACCUUAAGGAUGAUGAUGAAGGCAUAAAGAAUAAUGUAUUUGUAAAGCAAAAGAUUGAGUCUAGUACUCGUUUUCAACAAACAAGAAAUCAUUAUAGACAUGCGUCGACGGGGACUUUGGCUGUCUUUCAUCCCAGGACUGGUUUACCUAUGUCCUCCAGUCCGGCUCCGUUUCGAAAGACCUCAAAGGGACAGACUGUCGAUGAUAUGUGCAGCCCGUCACGUGGUAUAAACGCGAGCCUCUCUCAUCAGUACAGUCUAAGCGCACCUACAUUAGCGACGCAAAGUCAGUUAUUGGGAAAUUUUGAGGAAUCUGUUUUGAACGGUCGUUUACCUCCAGACGGCGUUGUUGAGGGUUUCACUGCCGAACUGAGCGCAAGUGGAUCAAAGAAAUGUCUUCCCCACGUCACUCUUCCUGUUCUGGCCAACUUUUUUAAGUUAUCUGACGACGAUGCACCGUCACCUUAUAUGGGUUACAUAUCGUUGGAUGCAUCAGGUUUGUCGAGGAAGGGCUACCACGUGCCAAAAAAGGGAACAAUUCAAUUGACGCUUUUCAAUCCUAAUCAAACUGUAGUGAAGGUUUUCGUCGUCUUAUACGAUUUCUCGGACAUGCAACCGGAUUGUCAAACGUGUCUACGGCAAAAGACUACCUCAAUUGCUCCAUCAAAUGAUCAUAAAAAAAAAAUACACGAUAAUCUUCAUUAUUUGAUCCAUUUGAGAUUUGCAUCGUCGAAAUCUGGUCGUGUAUACCUUCAUACGGACAUUCGAGUCAUAUUCCCGCGUCACCCCCCCGAUCAAGGGACAUUUCUCACAACGACAAGUGGUCCAACCAAUCCGAAGUACGCUCCCAGACACGAUCCUUGUGAUGUACGGAAAUGUGUCAUGGGUGUAUUUCCUAGCUAGAACUAUUAUCAUAUUAUCGUAGAGUCCAUCUUCCAGAUUUAGCUUCUGUCAUUGAACUUAAAAUUGGCCGAAAACGCCUAUAUAUGUUGUUUAGGUUAUUCAUGAUGUAAAUUUAAGUAUGAUCAUUUGUUGAUAUCGCAA